AUGCUCCAAGGGGGGCUCUUCGAGGCGUUUCUGAGGAGGUGGAGAAAGCUGAGCAAGCAGGCCAACCAUGGCUACCGUCGGCGGAGUACUCCAUCAGGGUGCUGCAGCCAGGAAGAGGAAGGCGUUCCCGAGGACGUCCCCAGAGGCCACACUGUGGUGUACGUGGGGGAGCGGCGCAGGCGCUUCGUCGUCCUGGUUGCCUCGCUAGAGCACCCGCUGUUUCGAGCUUUGCUCGACCAAGCUCGGGAAGAGUUCGGAUUCGGCGACGGUGGCAAGCUUCGCAUGCCUUGCGAUGAGGCUCUCUUUCUCAGCGUUCUUUGCCAUGUUAGCUCUCGGCGGCGCAGAGGGGUCUGGUUGUGCCUCUGA